CACCAAGACAGCCGCGUGGGACAAGACUUCUUCCCUCUCCCCCCCCCCUCUCGCCCUCUCCUGUUCCCCUCUCCCGUCGCCGGCGACCUCGACGGCGGCGUCUCCGGCGACCCAGGCGCCGGCUACGCCUCCCCAUUCAUCCGAUCGAUAGAUAUCUCGGGCCUGGGACCUCUUGCCCCCUCCCCAGAACCACCGCGCCUCUUCGCUCUGUUCACACCCUCGUCGUCUAGUGUUCCAAGGGGCCAAUCCCCAGCGGGCACGAAGCGCCUGGGCCGGGUGCUCCCGCCCCAGAUCCAGCGAUCCUCCUGCCAUCGCGGCCGCCAUGGACGACUUCCAGGGCAUCCUGGCCCGCGACUUCGGCCUCCGCCCUAAGGGGAAGGCUGCGCCCAUGUCGGCCGCCCGCGCCGCGGCGCCCUCUGGAUCCGCCUGGGACAGCACCAGAUCCGCCGCCGCUGCCGCGCCAUCCGCCCCCUCCUACGACGAUCUCUUCGGGGCCCCGUCCUCCGCGCCGCCGCCCAAGCCCACGCAGCCGACCUCCAUCGACUCCAUGUUCGACUCCUUCGCGGAGCCCUCUGCCUCAGCCGCGCCGCCCAAGCCCAAGCACUCGUCCAUGCCCGUGUUCGACAAGCCAGUCUACGACGACGAUAUCUUUGACGGGGUCCCCGGUGUGAAGAGCUCCUCGGUGCGCUACGACGACGUCUUUGCGGGCAACCACGCGCCGGCCCCUGCAGACGACGACCUGCUCGCUGGUUUCGGAACCAAGUCAGUGGCUAGGGAGGUGCCGGAAGAUAAGUGGAAGCCCGGGCCAGCAGCCGCCUCAGCGGGGUUUGAUGAUUUGUUUGCGGGGAUUGGCAGGAGCAGCCCGGUGAAGCAAAGGCAAACUGCUGGUGCUAAAGAAAAGAGGGUGCCUACAUCUCAGCCAGCUAGCAUGGCAAGCGACCCUUUUGUUUCUUUUGAAACAACUUCUACUUCAGCCCGUCAAUCCUCUGGGAUAUUCUCGGAUCCCUUGGAUGAAUUGGGUAGGCAUUCAAAAUCUCAAGUAAAAACUGCUGCUGACAGUGGUCUAUUUGAGGAUUCUAGCGCAUUCAAUCAGGUCCCAAAAUCAGAACCUUUGUUUACCACAAAUUUGAGUGAUGACUCUAAAGGUAGCAACGGAUCAACCAAGGCCCGAGACUCGAGCCCUGUGCAAAAUUUUCCGAAAAGAAACUCAGCCCAACAACCUUCUGUGGAGGACUUCGAAAAUAUUUUUACACAGUCACAGUCUGCCCGAUAUUCUGAUGUUCAUGUUGAUAGUGGUGCUCCAGGUUCCGAGAAAUACAGUGGGAAUGGUAUGGAUGACCGGUCACCAAGAUCAGAUGAGUCUGAGGAUGAGAUAUGGCUUACAGUUUCUGAGAUUCCCCUCUUCACACAGCCAACGAGUGCCCCACCACCUUCAAGACCACCACCAUCUCUUGCAAUUAAGCAAAAACCGCAUGGAUCAAGAGCAAAACGAAGGGAUGAUGAAUAUCUGCGGCACUCCACCCAGAACUACAACCAUAACAAAAAUUCUUCGAUGGAUGAAUUAGAAGAAUUUGCCAUGGGCAAACCUCAGAAAUCAGCUUAUGACAAUGCAAAUCCUUUUUAUGAGGAUGAAUCUGAGCGGAAUUCAUCGGCGGCAGCAUCUGCAGCUGCUAUGAAGGAAGCCAUGGAGAAAGCUGAGGCUAAGUUCAAGCAUGCUAAGGAAGUACGAGAGAGAGAACGUGAUGCAAAGCUUAGAAAUAGGGAACAGCAGGAACAGGAUGAUGAAGCAAGGUCGUAUGCACAGGAUCGGGAAGAGAGAGAGAGGCAGGAGAAACUAGACAGGGAGAAAGAGAUGAGACAAAGGGAGGAAAAGGAGAGAGAACAAAGAAGACUUGAAGAAGCGAGGGAGCUUGAGCAACAGAGAGAAAGAGGGAGGGGUAGACAAGCUGUGGAGAGGGCUACAAAGGAGGCACGGGAAAGAGCAGCUAUCGAAGCACGUGCAAAAGCAGAGAGGGAAGCACACCUACGUAAUGAGAGGGCUGCUGUGCAAAGAGCUCAGCAGGAAGCUCGUGAGAGAGCUGCAGUGGAUGCUAGAGACCGAGCUGAUAGGGCUGCUGCUGAAGCUAAGGAGAAGGCUGCUGCUCAAACCAGGGAGAGGGCUACAGCAGAAAGAGCUGCUGUUGAGAGAGUUCAACAAGAUGCAAAGAGAAGAGCUGACCGAGCAGCAGUGGAAAAGGCCGCAGCUGAGGUUCGGGAAAGGCAAGCUGCUGAGGCUCGAGAGAGGCACGCUGCUUCUGCAGCGGCAGCAGCGGCAAGAGAAAAACAGAGUAAACCAGAUGACCUUGAGUCCUUUUUUGGUAUGGGUGCCCGAGCAAACAGUGCACCUAAGCAAAGGGCUCCAACAGUGGAUCCUACGUUUAAUGCUCAAAGUCAAAGUAGAGCGGCAGCAACCUCUGCUUCAGCAUCAUCUAUGCGGAAGGCAUCAUCUACAACAAAUUUUACGGAUGACCUAUCCGUGAUAUUUGGAGGAGCUCCCACGCCAUCUGAUGAGUUUCAAGCGGUUGAAGGAGAGAGUGAAGAGAGAAGACGUGCUAGGUUGGAGCGGCAUCAACGGACCCGUGAACGAGCGGCAAAAGCUCUGGCUGAGAAGAAUGAACGGGACAUGAAUGUUCAAAGAGAGCAGGCAGAAAGAGAUAGAAUUUCGGAAAGUUUAGACUUCGAGAUUAAGCGAUGGGCUGCUGGAAAAGAAGGCAAUUUGCGGGCACUGCUAUCAACUAUGCAAUAUGUACUUUGGCUAGAAUGUGGAUGGCAGCCUGUAUCCCUAACAGAUCUGAUCACUGCUGCUGCGGUUAAAAAGGUGUACAGAAAGGCAACUUUGUGCAUCCAUCCUGAUAAGGUGCAACAAAAGGGUGCAAAUCUACAGCAGAAAUAUAUCGCCGAGAAGGUUUUUGAUCUUCUUAAGGAGGCCUGGAACAAAUUUAACUCCGAAGAGCUCUUCUAGACAUUACUAUGAGGACCAUCUUCACCUGCGUGAGGUACUCGAGGAGAAGUCCACCCACCGCGCAUCAUACCUGCUUUGGCUGCUUGAGGUGCUCAAGGAGGGACAUCCAAGCUGGAGCGGCCGGUCAUGCCGUCAGGGGAAACAACGAAGUGAUCAAGUGAAAGCCCCACCCGCCGUUAUUUGUUAUUGUAUUGCUGUUUGCUUACUGCAUCCAUCUUCUUCCUUCCACCUUGUGCAUGUGUUGAUUCGACAACUAUUCGCAGCUGCUACAUGCCAGCGGACCUUCAACCAGUAGGUGUAUAUUAGCGUCCUUUUUGCUCGGUUGAUGGUGGGUUCUGUGUAGCAGCGGAGCGGGAUCGGUGUUGUGAUUUUUGGGGUCCAAUGUGCUUCAUUUUACUUUGGGAAGGCCAAUGUUACAUGGAUUCAUGGCUUGUCACCUGUUUGAUGCCAUGGCCACUGUCAUACGUUAUGUUGUGUUGUUUAUUGGGAACUGCUGGUGCAACCAUUGGAGUUGGAGCCGUGCCUAGUGAUUUUUUUUUCCUGUACGAUUCUGUAUAAAGUUGAUCUAGAAUUUUGGGUAGCUGGUUUGCCCUGUUUACCAAGCAAGCAUUUGGUUUCCUUGUUCC